AUGACGAUGGCGAUGGCGAGAAUAAGUUCUGGUUUGCAAUAUCCAGAACGGUUCUACGCUGCGGCAUCUUACGUCGGUUUUGAUGGAUCCACUUCUCCAACAAAAUCUCUCACCUCCAAGUUCCCUAAGUCCACCGCGCUUCUUCUCUACAGCUUAUACCAACAGGCUAGUGUCGGACCUUGUAACAUCCCAGAACCCAGUUCAUGGAAAAUUGUGGAACACAGCAAAUGGGCCAGUUGGAACCAGCUUGGAAACAUGUCUUCCACAGAAGCCAUGCGACUUUUUGUAAAAAUAUUGGAGGAAGAAGAUCCUGGGUGGUAUUCAAGAGCAUCUAACUCUGUUGCAGAGCCUGUAAUAGACGUUCAAAUGAAUUAUAAUUCCAAAGUUGAGCCGGUCAUUGAGAAUGGGAAUACUUAUCCAGAGACAAAAACUAUUUCCUCUGAAAAUGGAAGUCAAGUUGGAACACAAGAUAAAGAUGUUGUUGUGGAAGGCUUUGCUUCAGUUGGAGUUUAUGAUCAAUGGAUUGCACCUCCAGUAUCUGGUCAACGACCAAAAGCCCGAUAUGAGCAUGGAGCUGCAGCCGUGCAAGAUAAAUUGUACAUAUACGGUGGAAAUCACAAUGGCCGUUACCUCAGUGAUCUUCAUGUUUUGGAUUUGAGAAGAUGGACUUGGUCAAAGCUCGAGGCUAAAACUGGAGACGGACCCUCUACAACUUUGGACCCUUGUGCUGGCCAUUCUUUGAUUGCAUGGGGAAAUAAGCUCUUGUCAAUUGCUGGCCAUACAAAAGAUCCCUCCGAAAAUAUCCAAGUGAAAGAGUUUGAUCUGCAAACAGCAACAUGGUCAAGUCUAAAGACCUAUGGGAAAGCUCCGAUAUCACGCGGAGGCCAAUCAGUGUCCCUUGUUGGGAAUACUUUAGUAAUUUUUGGCGGGCAAGAUGCAAAAAGGGCUCUCUUGAAUGACCUGCAUAUUCUGGACUUGGAAACCAUGACAUGGGACGAAAUUGAUGCCGUUGGAGUGCCUCCUUCCCCAAGGUCUGAUCAUGCUGCUGCUGUACAUGUGGAGCGAUACUUGCUUAUCUUCGGAGGGGGUUCACAUGCAACUUGCUACAAUGAUUUACAUGUUCUUGAUUUGCAAACUAUGGAAUGGUCUCGCCCCACACAACAAGGUGAGAUACCAACUCCACGUGCAGGACAUGCUGGUGUGACGGUAGGAGAGAACUGGUUCAUUGUUGGUGGUGGUGACAACAAGAGCGGGGCUUCGGAGACGGUUGUACUGAACAUGUCUACACUGGCUUGGUCAGCAGUAACAUCUGUUCAAGGGCGUGUUUCUGUUGCUAGUGAGGGCUUGAGUUUGGUUGUAAGCUCGAAUGAUGGCGAAGAUGUACUUGUAUCUUUUGGAGGAUACAAUGGACGUUACAACAAUGAAGUAUAUGUUCUUAAACCAAGCCACAAAUCCACCUUGCAAUCCAAAAUAAAUGAAAAUUCCAUACCAGACAGUGUUUCUGCUGUACCAAAUGCUACAAAUGCUACUCGAGAUUCGGAGCCUGAACUUGGAGCAGGACAAGAAGGGAAAAUUUGGGAAAUUGCUGUGGACAACGCUUAUCCAACAAAAUCCAAAGGUGAUCUCCUAUCAGUACUAAAGGCUGAGAGAGAUGAAUUAGAAUCAUCACUUGGUAAGGAGAGGCUGCAUACUCUUCGACUAAAGCAAGAGCUGGCUGAAGCCGAGGCUAGUAACUCUGACCUUUACAAGGAGCUCCAAUCAGUACGUGGUCAGCUUGCGGCUGAACAGUCAAGGUGUUUCAAACUUGAGGUGGAGGUUGCUGAAUUAGGUCAGAAGCUCCAAAAUUUUGGGACAUUACAAAAGGAGCUUGAACUCCUCCAGAGACAAAAGGCUGCAUCAGAGCAAGCUGCUUUAAAUGCAAGACAGAGGCAGGGUUCAGGUGGCGUGUGGGGUUGGCUUGCCGGUUCUCCCCCUGAUCCAAAUGCAGAUGAUGAAUGA